UGGGGUUAAUUCUCACCUCUGUAAAGUGACGCUGUCUCUUUAUACCAGCCUUUCAUGAGCAGCCGGCACGAAAGCCAGUGCAGAGACAUACAUCCUUUUCAUGUGGCAGCAGUAGCUUCCCACCAAGAAUACGCUGUGUACUACUGAAACUGCUGUAUCACUGUUUACUAACAUUAUGUGCCUUUUAAGACUGAUUCAAGAAUAACAACUUUUUAUUAUGAGAUAAGAUAAGAUAGACUUUAUUUAUCCCACUUGUGGGAAAUGUACAUGUUACAGCAGCAAGAAACAAGAGUGACAAAAAUAGAAAAAGAAAAGAUGAAAAUAUAAAUAUUACAUAUUAUAAUUAAUUUACUAAUUGGCUGACUGACAAAAGAAAAGUGAAGUUUGGUACAUGGUUCAGAUUUUUACAGAGCACUUUGAUAACCCUGAAAAAUCUGUACGGUAGUGCAAAAAAAAAAAAGAAGAAAAUACGCAUGUCACCUAACCUUAACCCAGUUACAUAUAAAAUGGUGGUCAGAUGACUGUCUGUGGUGGCUAAAUACCUCCUUUCGUGGAAUCUCUUUUUUGCAUUGGUGGUGGUUAGUGAAAUCGGUCUGGGGGUCAGAUGAAACCUGUAGCUUCCUCCCCUUCAGCCUUAGCCACAGCUGUCUAUAUGCGCGCUGCACAGUGCAAAGAUAAAAUUAGUCUAGUAAGCACAUGAAAGACCCACACUGUGAGAUAAAGCCCUAAUAAAGUUCAGUAUGAUUAAAUAACCCACAGGAGUGGGUUUGACUACUGGUUGAUAGUUUCUUAGCUUGUGUGACUUUAUCAAAAGUGAUGUGCACUUGUCUUCACUAUGCAUAUGUGGGAGGGCUUUGUGGGUGGUGAAUGCCUUGACGGCUAGAGCUUGGUCUUUUAAGUCAGAGGUGCUCAGACAAAAGUACACACCUUCAUGCAGAGGCGAUAUAUGCACAUACAGUUUGUCUCACAGUAGGACCUGCACCAUGAGCUGUGACCAGAGCUACCCGUUCCCACAGGUGUUCCUCGUGGAUGGACAUGGUGGAAGUUCGCAGCAUUCCGCCCAGCAGCCGAAUCUCGUACCCUGCUGGUCUUUCCCCCCUCCCCAGGAGAGGGUCAAGAGCCGAGGGAAGAGUAGGGGCUUCAUGGGAGUCAGCCCCUGUCUGGCCAUGAUCGUGCUGAUGCUGUUCCUGCUUGUGUUUGCAGCCCUGGGGUUUGAAGCCUUUCAGAUUUACAAGAUGCAGAUGGAGCUGAAAGAGAUGAAGAAGCUUGAGCCUGAGACUGAGUUUAUUACAGCUGAGAAGCAAAUUGGUGGCUAUGAACCUGAGCUGCAGAGACAGAGCAAAGAUGACAGGCCUGCAGCACAUGUGACAGGGCGGAUUGAAACAAAGACAUUCCCAGGCACUCUGCGAUGGGAGCCGAAGGCACGUCCUGCGUUCACAUCUGGAGGAGUGGCUUACCAAGUAGAGGAUGGCAGCCUGCAGGUCAACGAGAGCGGACUCUACCACAUUUACUCACGGGUGGAGCUGAUCUUUAAGAACUGUGACCCCACGUCCUCGUUCCUACACUCUGUGUCCGUGAGGCAAACAGGACACUCACCUCUGAAACUGAUGGAGGCCUACAGGGCAGGUUUCUGCUCUAAGGAGCUGCGACACAGCUGGACCACGGAGAGUUACCUUGCCUCUGCCCUAAAGCUGCAGAAAUACGACAAAGUUUAUGUGACUGUAUCGCACCCUCAACUUCUUAGUCAUGCACAUUAUGCUAACUUCUUUGGUCUCUACAAGAUCUGAAGAGUUCAGGGUGAUGGGCUUUGUGUCUUAGCAUCAAAUGAAAGAAUGUAAACUACUGAGAGUAUCUGGCAGGAGUGAAUCCUACUCAUCACUUUACCCAAAUGGUUGUUAUGUUGAAUGUUAUUUCUAUGACAUAUAGUAACUGCACUGAAUAAGAUAAUAUGGCAAGUUCUAUGAUGUUAAAACCCAGGGAAAAUAUUGCACACUCUUAAUUGCCAGGUUUAAAAUGAGUGGUUAAUUGAAAGGAUUUCCGCACCUUCUUAAACAAAUACUGGGCCUUAAGUGUUGAGAGACUCAGGUAACACUAAGCUGCUGAUUUAGUUGUAUCAUUUUUUAUAUAUAUUUAUUGGUGUGGAUCUGACCUGUCUGAUGUCUAAAUGUGUGGUUAGAAACAGAAAACAUGGUUUAUGAUGAUGGUUUUGUAAUAAAUAAAGAGAUAAUUUAAGUUCA